AUGUUUCAUUGUCUAGGCUGCACAACUGGUUUUCAAAUAAUAAUUUAUAUUUAAAUCUAAGCAAGACACAAUGUUUUAGAUUUCACACAAGGCAAAAAAAUUCCAACGAACUCAGUUCAAUAAUGUUAACACGUUCACUGCGAAAGACGCUGAUCCGCGUCCGACCGAUGUUUAACGAAAAGCGGCGGGAACGGAUCCGCGCUUCUGGCUGAUAUAAACUCACAAGACUGUGGUGUUGUCAGUUUCCCACAGAAAAAUCUUUAAUAGGGUUUCAAGACAUGUUUCGUGUUACUGCACGAAAAAAAACGAUAGAAGAAGAAAAUGUAUAUAAGAAAUAGUUUUCAAUUACACAACGCACAUCCAAUAGGCUUACGACGCGAAUCCGCGCUUCGCUUGUGCAGCGCCUAAAAUCGUUUAGCCGCUACAGUGCGCGCGGCGCGAGGCAGGUCGCAGCGAACGUGUUAAAUAUAUAAAAUUCCUUG